AUGGCUGGCAGAGGCACUGGCACUCAGACAGGAGACAACACUGGCACUCAGACAGGAGACAACACUGACACUCAGACAGGAGACAACACUGGCACUCAGACAGGAGACAACACUGACACUCAGACAGGAGACAACACUAACACUCAGACAGAAGACAACACUGACACUCAGACAGGAGACAACACUGGCACUCAGACAGGAGACAACACUGACACUCAGACAGGAGACAACACUGACACUCAGACAGGAGACAACACUGGCACUCAGACAGAAGACAACACUGGCACUCAGACAGAAGACAACACUGACACUCAGACAGGAGACAACACUGGCACUCAGACAGGAGACAACACUGACACUCAGACAGGAGACAACACUAACACUCAGACAGGAGACAACACUGGCACUCAGACAGGAGACAACACUGACACUCAGACAGGAGACAACACUAACACUCAGACAGGAGACAACACUGACACUCAGACAGGAGACAACACUAACACUCAGACAGAAGACAACACUGACACUCAGACAGGAGACAACACUGACACUCAGACAGGAGACAACACUGACACUCAGACAGGAGACAACACUAACACUCAGACAGGAGACAACACUGACACUCAGACAGGAGACAACACUGACACUCAGACAGAAGACAACACUGACACUCAGACAGGAGACAACACUGACACUCAGACAGAAGACAACACUGACACUCAGACAGGAGACAACACUGACACUCAGACAAGAGACAACACUGACACUCAGACAGGAGACAACACUGACACUCAGACAGGAGACAACACUGACACUCAGACAGAAGACAACACUGACACUCAGACAGGAGACAACACUAACACUCAGACAGGAGACAACACUAACACUCAGACAGGAGACAACACUGACACUCAGACAGGAGACAACACUAACACUCAGACAGGAGACAACACUGACACUCAGACAGGAGACAACACUGACACUCAGACAGAAGACAACACUGACACUCAGACAGGAGACAACACUAACACUCAGACAGGAGACAACACUGACACUCAGACAGGAGACAACACUAACACUCAGACAGGAGACAACACUGACACUCAGACAGGAGACAACACUAACACUCAGACAGGAGACAACACUGACACUCAGACAGGAGACAACACUAACACUCAGACAGGAGACAACACUGACACUCAGACAGAAGACAACACUGACACUCAGACAGGAGACAACACUAACACUCAGACAGGAGACAACACUGACACUCAGACAGGAGACAACACUAACACUCAGACAGGAGACAACACUGACACUCAGACAGAAGACAACACUGACACUCAGACAGGAGACAACACUAGUAUAAAGAGUCAGAAAGUGUUGGAAACAGUUAAUGGUCUUCACAAACACCCAACAACCUCCACCACACAGGGCGACAGUGCCAGUGCCAGAAUUAGGUUGGGAUACAGACAUCAAUGGCAAGUGACUACAGGUAAUCAAGCCCCCUAA